GGGUGGGGGAAGAGGGUUCCAGGAGCGGGUGGCUUUGCACAACCAGACCGGCCCUGCCACGUGGCCACUGACAAGGACACUGUGGGGCUACCUGAGGGUCCUGGGAGUCCAGGUGACGCCGGUCCUUCAGCGGCUGCCUGUCCUGGGGUCCCUUCAGGGUUGGGGCUGGGUGCACAUGUGUCAGAGGGCCAGUGCCCGGCCCAGAGCAGUGCGGAAGGAGCGGACUCCUGAGUUGUUGUCCUGCUUGCCGUUGACCGGGCCCUGCCACCUGCUUCCUCUGCAGACGUUCGUGAAUGACGUGCGCAUCCCGGACCAGAAGUACGUCACGCUGAAGCUCCAUGACGUCAUCCGGUUCGGCUAUGAUUCCAACAUGUACGUGCUGGAGCGUGUGCAGCACCGGGUCCCCGAGGAGGCGCUCAGGCACGAGAAGUACACUAGCCAGCUGCAGGUGAGCGUCAAGAGCCCGGCACCCAGGAAGGGCGAGGCACUGCCCCAGCACACCCCCUACUGCGAGUCCUCGAGCCCCAGGCCGGAGAGGGCGGACCGGAGGCCGGGAGCAGAGGCAGCGGCCUACCGGACCCCUCUGUACGGACAGCCCUCCUGGUGGGGCGAGGAUGAGGGCGACAGUCCGUGUGAGGACCGGCGCCCGGAGGAGCCCGACCCAGAGCGGCCCAAGGAGCCGUCGCAGCAGGACAGGGAGCUGGCCGGGACAAUGGCCGGCUUCCGGGCUGCAGCGGAGCCUCCCAGCUACGCGUUCAGGCGGGAGCCCAGUUACUUCGAGAUCCCCACGAAGGAGGCCCCGCCGCCACGGCCCCCCGAGGCGCCGGUGCAGGAGGCCCCCACCAAGGACGUGGAGCCCGGUGUGGCCGGUGCAGCCCCCGUGGUACAGAGCCACGCCUCCUUCACCAUCGAGUUUGAUGACGGCAGCCCCGGCAAGGUUAAGAUCAAGGACCACGUCACCAAGUUCUCCCUGCGCCAGAGGAGGCCGCCCGGCAGGGAGGCCACGCCUGCGGAGGCCGUGUCCGCGGAGACCAAGGUGGCCGACUGGCUGGUGCACAAUGACCCCAGCCUGCUCUGCCGGGCCGGCCCCGGUGACGACCGUCACAGCACCAAGAGUGACCUGCCCGUGCACACCCGCACCCUCAAGGGCCACAAGCACGAGGACGGCACACAGAGCGACUCGGAGGACCCCACGGCCAAGGCGGCGGCGGCCGGGGUCCCCGCGGAGGGCGGCGGGGCGCAGGUGCGGCUGCAGAGGCAGCUGAAGCGGGACCCCCAGGAGCUGCUGCACAACCAGCAGGCCUUCGUCAUCGAGUUCUUCGACCAGGACGCGCCCCGCAAGAAGCGCUCCCAGUCUUUCACGCACACCCCUGCCGGGGACCCCAAGGCCGACAAGCGCCGAGGCCCCGGGCCGGCCGAGAGGGACCGCCCCGGCGCCCCGGCCCCGGCGCGGGGGACGGGCGGCAGCUCGGGGCCACAGCGGGCCAGCUCGCUCAAGCGGGAGAGGACAGAGGAGCGGCUGGGGGGGUCCUCGCCCGCCCCCCGGGCCUCCCCGCGGCCCUUCGGCAGUGUGGGGCGCCGUUCCCGUCUGGCCCAGGACUUCAUGGCUCAGUGCCCGUGGGACGGCUCUCCUGCCGCCCGGCCCGGCCCUGACAAGGCAUCCCCGGAGUCGCCUGCCCCUGAGACCCCCCGUGGGGCCAGCCCCGUGGCCCCUGCGACCCCGCCGCCACCCCCCGCUGACCCCCAGCUGACCAAGGCUCGGAAGCAGGACGAGGACGACAGCCUGAGCGACGCGGGGACUUACACCAUCGAGACGGACGUGCAGGAUCCGGAGGUGGAGGAGGCCCGCCAGAUGAUUGACCAGGUCUUUGGGGUACUUGAGUCUCCCGAGCUCUCCAGGGUGUCCUCGGCCACCUUUCGUCCGGUCAUCCGAGGGGACAGAGAUGCGGCCGGUGACGGGGUGGCCCAGCGCAUGGCCCUCCUGCAGGAGUUUGCCUCCCGGCCAGUGGGCAUAGACUCCCAAGGGGGGCUCCAGGGCCUCACGGUGCCGGGCUCCCCCGGGGGUCAGAAGUGGGUGUCCCGCUGGGCCAGCCUGGCUGAUAGCUACUCAGACCCAGGCCUGGCAGAGGAGGGCCCUGGGCGCAGAGCUGGGGAGCUCGAGGGGGCUCUGCCCGUGCGCCAGCGACGGCUACUCCCACAGCUGCCCGGCGACAGGGCAGACAGCCCUGGGGGCCUUGAGGCCACCAGGAGGAGCGGCCCCGGGCCUCCGGAGCUGGGCAGUGAGCAGGCCAGCUGCCUCUUGGGCCAGGAGGACUUGGAGCCCGACAGCCUCAGCGAUGCCAGUGGGUCGGAUGGUGGGCGGGGCUCCGAGCUGGGCGGGGCCCCGCGUGAGGAGAGACGCAGGAGCCCCCAGGAGGGUCCCGCGUGGACGAAGGGCCGGCGCUCGCCAAGGGCCCCCGGGGAGCCAGCCCCUACCUCUUUCUUCAUUGGGGACCAGAACGGGGAGGCAGCCUUCCCCAGGAAACCAUCGGUGGCUCCGGGGGAGGCGGAGGGCCCAGGACGGGUGGCCCAGGCCAGCCCCCCGGUGAGGGACGGCGUCUACGUGAGCACCAGCGGGAGGAUGGUCAUCCAGCUGCGGACAGGGCGGUCCCCGGAGCCCGAGGGCUCUGCCCCGGCCUUGGUGCGGCAGGAGAGCUUCAGCAAGGAGCCGGCCGCUGGCCCCCCGGCGCCUGGCCAGCUUCCACACAUCUCCAGCCACCCCCUCCUGCAGGACCUGGCCGCGGCCCGGGCCUCACGCACAGACCUCCACCCUCAGGACACCCACCUGAUUCUGAAGGAGACGGAGACGGCCCUGGCAGCCCUGGAGGCCCGACUGCUUUCCAAGCCCACGGACGAGGCCGAGGGCCAGAUGGGCAGUGCCCCUGGGCCGCCGGACGACUCUCUGUCUGGGGACUCUGAUGUGGACACGGCUAGCACUGUGAGCUUGCUCAGCGGUAAGAACGGGCCCAGCCCGACCGGCGCCCAGCCCACGGGGCUGCAGAAGGACAAGCCGCCGUCCCCGCCGGCAACACAGGACCUGGGGACCGUCUCCUUGAACAGUGCCCGGGACCGGCUGUCAGAGAAGCGUCGCCCGCCGGGCCCUACCGACGCGAGGCGUGUGUCUGCGCGGCGUGGCCCUGGGCCCCGGGUGCCCUCGGACUGGCCUGAUGAAGAACGAGGCUCGGGCCCGGCCCACCCGCCUGGCACGGACACGGUCACCUGUGACCACGAGCCCCCCGCGGCCAGCGGGGCAGGGCGGCCAGGGCCUCGCCGGAAGCCUGCGGCCCCACCGCCGUCUCCAGCCACCCGGGAGGAGCCGGGCCGAGGCCCCACGGGCUCCCAGAAGGCACAGCAGGUGCUGACCCGCUCCAACAGCCUGUCCACCCCCCGGCCCACGCGGGCCUCCCGGCUGAGGCGGGCCCGGCUGGGGGAUGCCUCGGACACGGAGGCUGCAGAUGGGGAACGGGGGCCCCCAGCCAACCUGGAGCCAGUGGGCCGGCCGGCUGCCGAGCAGGCCAAGAAGUUGUCACGCCUGGACAUCCUGGCCAUGCCGCGGAAGCGGGCCGGGUCCUUCACGGGGCCCGGCGACUCGGAGGCGGCCCCCGCCCGGGGCGGCUUCUCCGGCCGCAGCGUCGAGCUGUACUGCGCUGUCCGCAAGCCCGUCAUGGCCGAGGCGCGGGCCGCUGCCCGGAAGGCCGCCAGUUCCACCACGGUGCCCCGCCAGCCCUUCAGCAGGGCCCGCCCGGGCAGCGCCCGAUACUCCUCGCCCAGCACACGCCGACGGCAGCAGGGCUCAGACUGCACGUCCACGUCCGAGGAGGAGUACGGCUCCCCCAAACACGCACGCGCCCGCACCUCGGCAGCCACGCAGACCCCGCGGGCCGGCAGCUCCGGCCGGACCCGACCCCGGGCCCCCGGCCUCCGGGACACGGACGACGACGAGGAGGAGGAUCCCGACCCCUACGGUUUUAUCGUGCAGACGGCAGAGAUCGCGGAGAUUGCCAGGCUGAGCCAGACGCUAGUGAAGGACGUGGCCAUCCUGGCCCGGGAGAUCCAUGACGUGGCUGGGGACGGCGACUCGUUGGGCUCACCGGGGCCCGCCCGUAGCCCCUCCCUCAGCAACGUGCCCAGCACCCCUGCCUCAACCAUCUCCGCCCGUGAGGAGCUGGUGCAACGAAUCCCUGAGGCCAGCCUCAACUUCCAGAAGGUGCCACCUGGCCCCCUGAGCUCUCGGGACUUGGACCAGAAUAUGAACGACCGCUGUGAGGACCCCCUCGCCAACAAGAUGCGGCCUUGGAACCGUGAGGAGGUGAUCUUUGACAACCUGAUGCUCAACCCCGUGUCCCAGCUGUCCCACGCCAUCCGAGAGAACACGGAGCACCUGGCCGAGAAGAUGAAGAUCCUCUUUCAGAACACAGGGCGUGCCUGGGAGGAGCUGGAAGCCAGGAUCAACUCGGAGAACGAGGUGCCCAUCCUGAAGACGUCCAACAAGGAAAUCAGCUCCAUCCUGAAAGAACUGAGGCGUGUACAGAAGCAGCUGGAAGUCAUCAACGCCAUCGUGGACCCCGGCGGGAAUCUGGACCUGCUGACCGGAAACCGGGGCGCCGCGGGCUUGGCCCAGCUGGGGAAAGGCCGGCCGGCCGCCCAGAGCCCAGCCUCGCCCCCCUUGGCCCUGCCUCUGAGGAGCUGCCCGCCGCGGGCGAACUGCGGGUCCCCCGGCCUCCCGGACCCCGCCUUCCUCCCCGACUUCCUCCCUGACGCGGAGAGGUUCCUGAUCUAGGCGGUGGGGGCCGCGGCGGUCCCCUGUGCCCCCGGGGCCGGCGCCACCAGCCUCCUUUACCCGCCACUGCGGCCCUUCCCGGCUGCGGACGGUUCACGCGGAGCCCCCCGCACGUGCCAUAACCCCUGGGCAGGGGCCUCGGUUCCCCGGGCCCCUCCCUAGCUCCCAGCAGCACCCCAGCUGGACGGGCCGGCCCGGCCCGGCUCCCGUUGCGGCCACCGCUGAGGCCCGCGUCACAGGUGUGUCCCCUGCCUCCUCUCCACGCUGUCCUUUUUGUCUUUAGCUUUUGAGGAAAGAGUCGUCUGUGCCAUCGCAGCGGCUCCCUGGGCCCGGGAGGCCCCUCCCCUGCCUCUGGCGCCGGGGGCUGCUGUUCUGUCGGAGGCCCCGGGCGCCGGCCGCGGUUGGGCCGGAGGGUGCCAUUCAGUGCCAAACACAGAGCCGGGAGGGGCUGGCAGUACUCCGGGACUGGAGGCCGGGGCGCACCUGGCCGGGGCCCUCACGGGCAGCUCUGCGGCCCAGUGGCCUGGGGCGGGGACGUGGCCCGCGGAGACGUUCGGGGCGGGAACCCCACUUCUUUGGUGCCAACGCAACUGCCAAGCCCACCGAGUGUGUGGCUGCUGCCACGCCGGCCGUGCACACGGGCACACACGCAUGCCAGACACGCGCCCGCGCUCCCGGCCAGCCCAGGCACGUGUCCACACUGCAGGGCGGUCGGUCCCAGCUCGGGACGCUGGCCGCACUCGGCUUCCUGCGGUUCUAGGCCGGGGGGGGGGGGGGGGGGGGUGGUGAGCACUAGACCCAAGUGGCUGGAAACCGGAGCCUCCCGGGGCCGCCCGCCCUCCCCCACCCUCACCCCUGUCCUCCCUGAUGCUGUGGGCAUUACCUGGGUGUCUGGCUCGGGGCCCCGCAGGCUGCUGUGCUCUGGUCCCGGUGCAGGGGUGGGGCGGGGAGAGCAGGGAGAGACACCCCCCCCUCCCCAUCCCAGGGACAGUUUGCCUUCUCAGGGUUCUUUCAGCUGGGAACACGCCGGGGGGGGGGGGGCAGAGCACGCCCCCCAGGGGGGCCCGUUUCUGGAGCCUCUAAGCCAAAGAGCCCGCGGGCUGUGGCAGGUGGGGGCGGGGCUGGCCCACCCUGGCCGCCGUGGCGCGGGGUCGCCGUGCACCCUGCCUGGCGCCUGUGUGAGUGGCGGUUGCGGGACGGGGCCCGGAGGCCAGUGGGUGUGAGUCCGGGCCCCAUGGGUGACGUGUGUGUCCGUGUUUACAUUUAGCUGAUGUGGACUAGUGUGCAUGGGUCCUGUACGCCCCCCCCCCCCCCCGUUUCUGUGUGCGAGUGGUGGCGGGGUCCCUGCCAGGACCCCGCCCCUCGAGCCUGCUGGUCCACACGGAGGAGGUGCCGGCCCGCUGUCUCCUGCAUGCCCCACACAGUCGCCCGCAGCCCGUCCCCUGGAAGCAAACAGUGGCCGUUCUCCAUCCACACCCACCCUCAGUGAUCGUUGUACGCUUUUUUUUAUUCACAAAUUCCUGUUCCUCCCCCUUCCAGCCUUCGACUCGGGAUCGGUAACUUAUUUGUCUGGCUUCUUGGAGGUACUUCUGUCUGUCUGUCCUCAGGUGGUCUUACGGCUGUCUUUCGGAAAACGAUUAUUUUAUAUGAGUUGUCAUGGAAUUUGUUCUAAUAAAUCAUUCUAUCACAUG